UGCGACUUACUUGACGGAGGCGGCUCACUACCACGUUAGAGCCUGGCGGUUGCAGCUCGCAUAGUGGCUGUUUCGUUUCAUAGAUGGUCCUUUUCUUUUCCUACCACCCCCGCCUCCUCCUCCUCCUCUCCCUCGGAGGCUGGUUCUGCUGCUCAUGACGUGCCUCUCUCGCUGAGCUCCCAGCCCUCCCGCCUACCAGCUCACUCCCUGCUGCUGCAGCUUAUUACUAUUUGUUCUCCCCCCCUCCCCACCACCGCUUUCCGAGGAGGGGGACGAUUAUUAUUAUUAUUUUGGCCCCCUUACGCCUAGAGAGCAGUGUGUGUGUGGGGGGGGAAACCCGAGGGAAGCAAGGCGCUGCAUUGUUCUACCCCGCCUCCAUUUAUUUUCUUUUUGCAAUUUAUUUAUUUAUUUUUAAUUGGAAGGAGGCUCGGGAGCAGCCUCUGAUUGUCCUCGCCAGAUGAACCUCUCCUCGGCCAGCGAUACGUCUUGACUCCGGAGGGGGCAAAACCAGAAAGAGAAAAAGUGUCUACCAAGCAUCUGAAUAGAUACACAAUCCAGGACAUUAACUGGAGACUGAAAUAAUCAAUAACAAUGAUGACAGAGACGGGCCCAGAUUCGGAGGUGAAGAAUGCUCAAGAAGGAAGUCCCCAGCAGCAGCUGGAGGCAGCAGCAACUGGGCCAAAUACAGUGAAUGGUAGCUCCACCAACACAGUACACAAUCAGGAGGCUGACGAUAAUGAGAAACCAGGAGCCCUCAGUGAUGCUAAACAUGGGGAGCGGGCUGUGGACAUGGAUGAAAAAGACUACAGUGAAGCAGAUGGGUUAUCUGAGAAGACUACCCCCAGCAAGGCCCAAAAAUCUCCUCAGAAAAUCACAAAAAAGUUCAAGAGUGCCAUCUGCAGAGUGACUCUCCUGGAUGCCUCAGAGUAUGAGUGUGAAGUGGAGAAACAUGGUCGGGGUCAAGUACUCUUUGACCUGGUCUGUGAGCACCUUAACCUGUUGGAGAAGGAUUAUUUUGGACUCACGUUCUGCGAUUCAGAUAGUCAGAAGAAUUGGCUGGAUCCUUCUAAAGAAAUAAAGAAACAGAUUCGCAGUGGCCCCUGGAAUUUUGCCUUCACAGUCAAAUUUUAUCCACCAGAUCCAGCCCAACUCACAGAGGACAUCACAAGGUAUUACUUGUGUCUGCAACUUCGAGCAGAUAUUAUCAGUGGACGUCUACCAUGUUCUUUUGUAACACAUGCACUGUUAGGCUCCUAUGCUGUACAAGCUGAACUGGGGGAUUAUGAUACUGAAGAACAUGUUGGCAAUUAUGUUGGUGAACUACGUUUUGCUCCAAAUCAGACCAGAGAAUUGGAAGAGCGUAUAAUGGAGCUACAUAAGACUUACCGGGGUAUGACACCUGGCGAGGCAGAGAUUCAUUUCCUGGAGAAUGCCAAGAAACUUUCAAUGUAUGGAGUUGACUUGCAUCAUGCUAAGGAUUCAGAAGGCAUUGACAUCAUGCUGGGUGUUUGUGCCAAUGGCCUUCUCAUAUAUAGGGACAGGCUGAGAAUAAACCGUUUUGCCUGGCCCAAGAUCCUCAAGAUUUCAUACAAAAGAAGUAACUUCUACAUCAAAAUUCGACCUGGUGAGUAUGAGCAGUUUGAGAGUACCAUUGGUUUCAAGCUGCCCAACCAUCGCUCAGCUAAGAGACUCUGGAAAGUUUGCAUUGAACAUCACACUUUUUUCAGGCUGGUGUCACCUGAGCCUCCUCCAAAAGGCUUCCUAGUAAUGGGCUCCAAAUUCCGCUACAGUGGGCGAACACAGGCUCAAACCCGGCAAGCCAGCGCUUUGAUUGAUCGUCCUGCCCCUUACUUUGAACGCUCCUCCAGCAAACGGUACACCAUGUCUCGCAGCCUCGAUGGAGAAUUCUCCCGCCCAGCUUCAGUGAGUGAGAAUCAUGAUGGAGCAGAGUCAGACAAGAGAGAAGAUGACAGGUAUAGGGGGAGGACAAGAUCUGAAGAUGAAGAGGUGACUACUCCAACAAAAAUCAAGGAGUUAAAGUUUUUAGACAAACCAGAAGAUGUUUUGCUAAAGCACCAGGCCAGCAUUAAUGAAUUGAAACGGACCCUGAAGGAACCCAAUAGCAAGCUUGUGCACAGAGACCGGGAUAGAAGGCUGCCUUCCUCACCUGCUUCUUCUUCACCCAAACAUGAAGAUGAGACGCCAAAAGGGACCCCUGAGAAGGCCAAUGAGAUGUCAGAAGAGGAUUCUCCAGAGGAUCUGUCAUCUGAACAUGGAGCUGCCUUAAUCAUGGAAUCUUUUAUACAGAAAAGCCUUGUUUCUUCUCCUGAGGGUUCAGAGCAUUGGGUUAUUAUAGAAAAAGGAACUUCUGGGCUGGAAGAGCUAGCACUAAAACAAAUUAAUAAGACCCAGAAGGAAGAAUCAAGUGCAGGUGCCUCAGGAAAGCAAACAGAUUUGGACUUCUCAAAAGAGCCCACUGCAGUAAGGGUAACCAAGGCAGCGACAAAGCAAGAGGUGAAAGGAAAUGAGGAAAGCAAAAUAAAAGUUCGCAGAAAAGCCAAAAUGAUAGCCAGUCCAGAAGAUUUUGAAUCAUUAUGGGACGAUGAUAAGAAUGAGAAAGAUUACAGAAAGAAAUCUUCUGAGACAGAAAACCUUACUGGGGAAAGAGAAGAGAAAAGCAAUAAAAUAGAGACAGCACUAUUUGGUUCUUGUGAACCUGAGAAGAAAGAAGAACAAAAAGACAAAAUAAAAGAUGUGGUGCUAGCCUCCACUGAAAAUAUGCAAUGUACUGGCCUGCUCCAAUCUAAAGACGGACCAAUAUGUGCCUCUUUUCAUCCAGAGUCUCCAAAAAAAGAAAACAGAAUUAUAAUAAGCGAACAUAGGACUUCUUUGAAAUCAUCAGAAAAAGUUCUUCAGGAUACCUCAGAUUCUGACUCAGUUAAAACUAAGGUGAAACUAAGUGAUAAGACAGCAUCUUCUGCUGCUGAACGGAUUAUCUAUUUGGGUUCUGAAGAAACAGAUGAAACAAAUAAUGAGACCAAGGAAAUACUUGACCAAAAAAAGAAUUGUGCCUUUGAAACGAAGCAAGAAAACCAAAUAGAAGAACAGAAUUGCAUUAGUCUUGCCCCAGUUAUAGAAAAAAGAGAGGGAGAAAAUGUGCUUCCAUUCCCCUUACCCACAUAUUGUGAAGAAAUGUCAGACAUCAGCAAAACAAUUCUUCAGUCAGAGCAGUCCGAGACUGCAGAUGACAAAAACACACUUUCUAUUAAGCAAUCUUCCAAUGAAAAAGAAGUUCAUUCAUCAAUUCCAGGGGAAGGUGUUCCUGUAGAGUCAAAUGAGUAUGGAAUCAAAGAUGAUCAGGAAUGCAGUGCAUAUUCUUCGACAGAUGAAGCCUAUGAAAGGGAUUCCAUAAUCCCAUUAUCAGUGCCUCAGUUACAAUCUGGACCCUCCACAAAAGAGGCAACAGCUUAUCCUUCUUACGAGCAUAAAAAAGGAGUUGAUGAAACAUAUAACAGCAGUCUUCCAGAAGGGAAAAAAGAAUAUGAUAAGAAGGAGGCUGAUACUGCCAUAGGAACACAGAGCAUGAUAUCAAAAAUGUCAGAAAACCAAAGCAAAAGAAAAACUUCAGAAAAUCAAAGCAAAAGAAAUAAGUUAGAAGAAAUGGAAGCUACUCAAAUACUUCUUCAAAUGGAAGCCAAAGAAUGUAUGGACUCCACCAUGAAUUCCUCGCAACACCAGCUUUUCUGUUCUACAAAAAUUUCAGCUAGAGAUUCACAUACAUCACAAGAUGCAAAAACCAAAAAAUUAGCCCAAGAAAAGACUCAUGAUUCAAGCUGGCCUCUUCAGGACAAAUUAUCAGAAGGUCAGAAACUAGUCCAAAAUAAAUAUAUUAGAUCUGAAGAUUCCACCAAAGAUGAACUUCCUGACUCAGAGCUAUUAGCCAAAAAUGAAGGUAUUGAAUUGAACAGUUCAGCCAUAAACAAACAACAAAUGGAAAGUGGAGCCUUCGUUCAUUCUAGUGAACAGGAUCAGAUAGUAAAAGAUAAGUCUACCCUGUCAGAAGAUUCAACUAAAAAUAAACCAUCAAAUUCACAUAAUAUGUCAGAGUAUGACAGAAACGAGCCUCAUGAAUUAAAUGGGAUGGCUAAAUAUAAAUUCCAAGAAUCGGCUGAACUCCCAAAAUUAGAAGAGGUGGCUAAGAAUAAUAUUUCAGAAUGGAAGGACUUAGCUAAAGAUAAGCUCUGUGAAAUGGAUGAGCUGACCAGAGAUAAUACUGCAAAGUCAGAGGAUAUCGUUUUAAAUCUAGAUGAAGUAAUUCAGGGUACAACCUCUGGCUUGAAGCAGCCAUCUAGGGAUAAAAUAUUAAAGUCUGCCUCUGUAGUUGGUUCUAAACCUUCAGAAUUGGAAGGUCAUUUUUUUUUAAAAGAAGAACUUGACACUACACAGUCUGUUAAGACUGGGUCACCUGAAUGGAACAAAGAAUGUUCACAACCUCCUCAUGCUAUAAAGCAGGACCUGAAACCUGUGCAAACUACACAUAAUAAACAAAAACCCAAUCUGGAACAACUCAAGGUCAUAGAGUAUAGUACAGCUUCAUCUCAAAAGCAUAAGGAUGCAGAUUCAUCCACAGAGAGCGCAAAGGGUUUCGUUGAGCAUAAAAGUGCAACAAAUAAAGAAAAUUCCAUAGCUUCUAAAAUUAGGAUGUUUGAACAAGGUGAAAUGUACAGCUUACUUUCUGAUGAACCAGAUGUUGCCUUAACAGGGUUCCAUGGUAGUUGUCCAGGCAGUAAGAUACCAAAAGAUUCAUCAAACCUAGAACUACACAAAGAUACAUUUUUAGAAAACAACUGUGCCAAAUUAAUAGUGGCUUUGCAACCUUCAGAUGGCAAAACAAAAAACCCUGGAGAAACAUCAGACACAGUCUACCAAGCUGAAAAUCAAGGAACAAGUGAGGGAGAACCAUCUCAGCUGUCAUCUUGGAAGGAAGAUAUUUCCCUUGGAUCUGAGCAAGGAGGAGAAAGAGAAGCUGAACUGGCUUCUCCUGAUUCUGGCUGUGAAAUCACUUUGGCAGAAGCUGUGAGCAAAUUUCAAGAACCAGCUUGGGAAGAAAAGGAUUUGUCAGGCCUAUCAGUAAAAGCCUUUCCAAAAGAAGAGAGUUUAAAGGCUGCUCCUCCAGUGGCCCUUCAGAGAGCGGGAUUGAGGGAGGGCACAGAGGACAAAUCUAAGCUGCCUCGGCACAGGGCUCCUGAAAGUGAUACCGGGGAUGAAGACCAGGACCAGGAGAGAGACUCGGUCUUCCUGAAAGACAACCAUUUGGCCAUCGAGCGCAAGUGCUCCAGCAUUACUGUCAGCUCAACUUCCAGCCUUGAGGCUGAGGUGGACUUCACUGUCAUUGGUGACUACCAAAGUGCAGCCUUUGAAGAUUUUUCACGGAGUCUUCCUGAGCUUGAUAAGGAAAAGAGUGAGGGAGAAGCAGAAGGUCAGAUUUCUACUGAGGAAUCUGACAGACCAGCUCCCAAGGAAGAUGGUGAUGCAAUGGAUGAAGAAAAGGUUUAUCAUGUAACCCCAGAAGAGUCCUUCAAUCUGAAAUCAGAAAUGGUAAAGAAAGUGGAAGCAGACAGCUCUGUGCAACACAGAAUUGGUACAACAGAAAUUACACAGGUUGAUGGUACCACUACUGAUGGAAAAGAGGCAGUAACCACUUUCCACACUGUCAGCCCAGAAACUAUAUCUACAACCUCAGAUCACAGUACCAAACAUACAAAAGGCACUGCAGACCUUCGAUCCAUUUCUCCAAUUACCAGUGGUGCUGUUGGCAAAGAAGCCUUCACCAGCCUUUUUGGUGCCACUGCAGAAACCCUCUCCACCUCCACAACGACUCAUGUUACCAAGACUGUGAAAGGAGGAUUUUCUGAAACCAGAAUAGAAAAGCGAAUCAUCAUAACGGGAGAUGAAGAUGUGGAUCAAGACCAAGCUUUGGCUUUAGCCAUCAAGGAGGCAAAAUUGCAGCAUCCUGAUAUGCUGGUAACCAAAGCUGUAGUAUAUAGAGAAACAGACCCAUCUCCAGAAGAAAAGGACAAGAAGCCUCAGGAAUCUUGACCUUUGUAUUUCUAGAAGUUGGCAUCUAUUUUAACUGAAGUAAAGAAGGGGCCUUUAUGCUGGAUUCCUCACUGAGACAUAGAACGUCCUGGCUGCAAGAAUAAUGUUGAGAGACAAAAUAUUAAAUAAAAAGGAAUAGCAAAUAUAUUAUAUAUUAUAUAUACAGGAAACAAAAUGCAUCCUUGCACUGCUGCUAUAUGCUGGAGAUGAAUAAAACAGCAACAUCAGCAACAAGCAAAACCAACCACCUCUUCAAAUAAAUUGAAGAAUUGACUGAACUGAUCUAAAAAAAUCAUGAUGGUAAUAAUAUUAAUAAUACAAUAAACCACCAUUGUGCAUGUUACAUUUAAAGAACACAUAAUUCAUUUGUUGCACACUGAAUGGAAAAGCAAAAAUGCUUUGCAACAAAGCAAGAAAUCAACUAGCAAAACAAGCAGAAUUACAAAAUGAUUCCCUGAUAGGAAAGAAUUAAAAUCCAUUCACUUGUUUAUUAUUUUAUAAUUUUGGAUGUGUAGUGAUCAUCCUUUAUUUUCACGCCAUGCUACUUUUGUUGCUUCAUCAUUGGAUUCUUUUAUUUUCCCCAAUUGGUCCUUCCUUUUUUUUAAAUGUUUCCUCUUCUCAUCUAAUGUCUUAUUCUGCUGAAGAUAAUUAUGACUUUAUUUCACUUAAAGCAAAGGAAAAUGAUAUGUAUAUGAUUUCUCACCAAACAAAAUGCAGCCUGUAGAGAUUUCAUAUUGAUGUGCUUUUAAGUUAUGGAUAUUAUAUAUAACUGGGGAGGGUGGGGAAUGAUAUUAAAACAAACAGUGCUAAGUGUGACAAUGACAUUUUCACGUUAUUAUUCGAUUGAUAAUGGUUAAUGUAUUACAAGACGUUUAGAUUAUGCCAGUAUCCCAUGAAACUAAGAAUAGGGAAAAAAAGGAAUUUUGAGGAAGCUGUCUCUCACUUGAGUUUGGUGACACAAUUGUGAUUGUCACUGGUUAAGACACAUACAACAGUAUGAAAGGAGUCAAAGACGACAAAACGGAUCAGUGUUACUCCAGCCCAAUUAGAAUGCCUCAAAUGUGCCAAUUAACAGAAUGAGGUCAGAUUGCUUCAUUGUUCAAGGCCUUUUAUUUAGCAGUCUUUCAGAUCAAAGUGUUUAUUUAGGGCAAAGUUACUGUAUAUGCCAUGUCAGUUUUUCAAAAUUUGAAAGUUUGGUUCCAAACCUACGUGGCUCAUUUCUGAUCCAUGAAUGUCAGAAUCUGCCAAAGAGAUUGUCCUGUCCUACUCUAGUGCAGUUUCAUUUUGUCAGAUUUAAACUUUGGAGACCAUAUCUAUCGGGGAGAAAGAGCACCUCUGCCUUCUUUAAAUAUGAUUCUAUAUCAGAACAGGAUUUAUUCAUGGGUUUCUUAAAGAUGCAUUCAUCUGCCACAGUAAGUUGUGAAGCUUAGAAAACCAAACUACUAAAAGCAAAUACUGCUUGGGAGUAAGGAUAUUAUUAAAUAAAACUGCUUUGCCAUUAAUGAAACCUAGACAUUGUCCUUUACCACUUUUCAUUACCUCAAGAGUAAUUAAAGCAGAAACAAAUGAGACAAAUCUAAAUGAAAGUUUAUACUUUUCCUUUUACAUUUGUGAAUCUGAUAAUGACAUCUUUUAUCUCUAAUUGGAAAUAUAAAUAAAAAUGGGAAAUGGGAAAUCAUUGGAGUAACGUGGAUGUAUCUUAUAUCAUAAAUUGUUUGCCAUUGUGGGAGACACUGGGCCAUUGGCUGUUAGUAUGGCUCCUUAAAAUUGGAUGUUUCUGGCAUGUAGGAAUGUCCUAAUUAAACACUGAAAGCAUAGAUGUAAACUUUAUGCUCUAAGAGUCAUUUCUAAUUUUCAUGUAUCCAAGCGAUUUUCUCCUUUAGAUUUUUUGAGGAUUUUUUGUUUCCUUUUAUUCUUUUGGAAUAUGUGAUGCCCUAAAACCAAAACAUCAAAAAAUUUAGAAACUCAUAAAAUAUGUAGAAAACAAAAAUCUUGUUCUGCUGAUUUCAGAAACAGAACAAAAAUCUUGAUGACAUUAUCAUGUUUUUUUCUCCAUGUUACAAAAAAAGGAAUUUUCCCCACAAAAAACUUAAUUUCAUUUUUAAUUUUAAAACAAAGCUCAGAAAUUAGGUAUAUAUAAAGUACAUCCUAUUGCUUCUUCUAUAUGAAUUGGUAUACAUGAGUCUGCCACUAAAACCUGUGGAAACAAAUUGCUUCAAAACCCAUUUAUAAAAGACCAGAAUUUAACGUUUGUCAAGUACCGUAAACGAAAGCUAAAAUAGUUUUGGAUUUCUCCCACGGCAUGACUGAUGGGUAGCCAUUAACAAAAACUAGCUUUUUGUUUACCUAGCAAGAUGUGGCUUAUAUAUAGAUAUCUAUAUUAAUAUAUAUAUAUAUUAUUUGUGGUAAAGUUGAAGCCAUGCACACUUUUAAGAUCAUGGUUUCUUCCACCUUCUGCUGCCAUCUGAUAUAGUUGGUCACUCUUUGCUUUCUUUGGGUGAAGGGGUCUUUCCAUUGAAAGAGACGGUCAACACAACUGCUUGUUUGCAACAAAUCCCGCAACUUGAUUCUAAAACUGGCCUGCAACUGCAUGAAUUAAAAAGAUUCAUAAUUAUUUUUUAAUUUGAGAAGCACCUUAACCAACUGAAAUGCUGUCAUUCCUUCAUUAAUUCUUCUGUCCUUCUGACCCCUCCACCCAUUUCAAUUUUUGUCCCAUCCUUUUCGAUCAUAUCCUCUUUCAGUGCUUGGUGAUGUAUGCGUGUGUGCUCACUGUUCUUGUAUUCAAUAAAAGUGAAAUAAAUGUAUCUGA